AUGGCCAAGGAUUGCGCGGUUGCCGGGAGGCCUGCCAUCUACGAGAGGGUAUGCCAGUGGGAGAACAUCAUUUCCACGCUGCGGCAACCCAUCGCCGUUGACGUUUUGAUUGUAUCAGAUUCGUCUCUGGCCUUGGUGCCGGACCCCAAUGCGGGGAAGACCUCAUGUUUUUCUGCCGGUGACCUGUUGAAGCCUUGGGGAGAAGUUCGUUCCAUCUACGCGAAGGUUCUCUGGGGCAAGGGGCUCAGCCAGAUCGUCCGGUACCUCCCCGAAGCGAUCGAUGACAUCGAAGCGGGCCACCGUUCUCUGGGACGACCCGUCACGGCCAACUGCAAGCGGCAGAAGGCCAAGGUCGAGCAGUCCUGCAAUGACCUUCGAGCUUUCAAGAGGGGCGAGAACCGGGUGCUGGACGUGUUGAUCGUGGGGAAUGCCGAUGGCGACCUCUUCGCGUUGCCCAAGGCCUACAACGACACUAUGAAGGUCCACAUCCGUGCGCUGAGAGAGAACCACUCACAACCGUGUGCCGACGACCAUCUCAGAAGUUACCCAAGAAUCGAAGGGCUGGAGGCUCAAGGGCUACCCAAACCUACAGGCUCUGACAUUGGCUUCAAACAAGAGAUGGAGUCCAACGUUUCUUCACCAAAGGACAUUCAUCGCAUGCCCGAUCUCGAGAAGUUCAUGAUCGAGACGGAUGUCCAGAUCCUCCAACGGGUACUUCAGGCCGAAGAAGUUGCAACUGCUACCGCCAACCGGGAGGUUGAGCCUUUGAUCAAAGAGAUCGCCGAGGAGGACCAGGCGUUGGAACCCAUGAAUCAGGACCACGCCGACUCUGAUGACGAACUCGUCAAAAUCGAAGCAAUCACUCUCGACGACAGACUUGAGGCGCGCAGACGAGGAAGAGGCCGAUUUCGAAGGCUGGGAUCUCGAUCCCUGAUCGAUGACCUCGAAACCGUGGUGUCCGAAGAGAUCGUUGAAGAGGAAGAGUUCCAUGAUGUCGGGGAGGGCCAGGUGGAAGCCAUUGAGGAAGAUGAUGAUGACCUCGCCGUUGUCAGUGGCGUCUCCUUCGAGCUUGUCGGAGGCGGAAGCACCACUGCACGAGGGGACCCGGAGCCCAUGGACGUUGUUGAAGGGGACCCCAACAAGGCCAAGAGCUCUGGCACAUCUUCUGGCAAGGCUGGCAAGUCAAGUUCUGCGUCUGCGUCGGCGGGAGCCACGCCUCCCAUGCUGAAGUCCAAGUCCAAGGCCAAGCCCGAGAAGAAGGCGAUGCCCAAGUUGAAGGUGGUGGAUGAAGGCCAUGGAAAUGAUUCAGUAGACAAGAGUUCGACACAUCGAUUUUCACGUUGGCUCAGGACUUGGUUCGGGCCAGACAACAUGAUUGGGGUGCCCAACCGGAUCGUGGACUAUGAUGGCCGAUUGAGCGCGAUCUCACACUCCAUGUCGGAUUACCUUCGUGGACAUCGUCUCUUUCAUCGCCGGCCGUCCCCGGAAAUCAGAAGGAAGGAAGUCCUCAUGGUGGCCAAGAACUCACCAAUGCGGCGAUUCAGGGUGCAGGUCAGUGGGAUGUCAUACGGCACACUUCGCUGGAUUCCUGUGCGCAUCCGAGCCAUCCAAGGGAACAGAAAUUUCCUCGUCCAUGAGGGUGGAAUGGCGUCGAUGAUCCGCAAGAUGUACACGUUCGACGCGGACUUUGACAUCAGCAAGGUCGAUGACCCGACCGUCCACCACAAUUUCUGUGCGAUGCCGGAAGGCUCGCCCGUAUGGGAUGACUUCCCGAGAGUCAUUUAUCAUACGUGCGAUCAAGCAGCAUUCCUGUCAAUCAUCAGCGAUGGAUUGAUCCCCGGCGGGUUCCCUCACAAGACGGGGCGGGCGCACAAUUUCUUCAACAGUACGCCGCCCUGGAAAGCAGAAAUGAAGAAGUUGCAGGGAAUGCGAGCCGGGAGGCCCAUCGCCUUGGCGUUUGACGCAGAGCUGCUGAUGCAAUUCGGCACCAAGCUCUUUGCCACCGACGAGGCAAUUUUGUCACCAGAGUGGGUGACCAACAUUGCCCUGAUCAAUGCCUUCGAUAUGCGGAGAGGGGAGUUCGUCUUUAUCAACAGGGCGCCAAAUCUGCCAGACUUACAAGAAUCACUGCUGACAAGUUGUCACCCAAGGGAAAUGCCAAUCUCUGUUGUGUUCUUCUGUCUGCGUUGA